GCUAUCUUUACUUGUGCCAUGGCAGACAAAUGUCCGGUCGACCACGGUAGUCAUUCUUCUGACCAGUCCUGUCCUGUCGACCACAAAUCUCGUACAACAUGGGCCUCCGUCUUGCCAGGGAGUAGCCCUACACAUCCAGUCAACACAUCUUCGCUCUCGACUGAACGUGAGGUUUCUUCGAUACCCCGAACAGACAAUGGUAAUUGGGUAUACCCAUCGGAAGCUCAGUUUUUUGCUGCCAUGGCGCGCAAGAAUCAUAAUCCGCAUGCUCCAGAUAUGAAGACCAUCAUUCCUAUCCAUAAUGCCGUAAAUGAACGUGCCUGGUCAGAGCUGAUGAAAUGGGAAUCUGGGAGAGGUGGUGAAAAGUGCGGGGGAGUAAAGCUCGUAACCUUUAAGGGCAGACCUAAUGACCUCACCCCCAAAGCUCGACUCAUGACCUUACUCGGGUACUCUGCUCCCUUCGAUCGUCAUGACUGGGUGGUCGAACGAUGCGGAACACGGAUCAGAUACGUGAUCGACUUCUAUACCGGACGGGGGGCAGGGCCAUCGUCAAAUAAUGUCUCUUUCUAUCUCGAUGUUCGGCCUGCCUUAGACAAUUGGGAGGGGGUGAAAAUGAGAGCCGAGAAUAUUUGGCAGGAUUGGUUUGGAAGUGUUCGCAGUACCAACACCCCGUCUCAGUCAUAAGUAGUCUUCAUAAACCCAUAUUCACCUCUCCGUACCCCAUAGAUAAUUUAUAUCCCACCCGUGGUUUACUAAUUGUGAAUAUAUUCAGGACUUAUAGCCAUGGUAUUAGAACGGCGAUACGUCGAUCCAACCACGACCAUUCUCAGUCG